GGUUUUGGUAUAUUGUUUAUUAAGAGCGUUGAGCUUUUUUUUUGAAACCUGAAGAUUUCUGUCCUCAGGAUACAAUCGACGAACCUGAAUUAUGAGUAUUGCCCAACAUCCGUUCUCUCCACAGUGGUCCUGGAGGGUUAGCAUUAAUUUCAAUUCGUUUUCCAGGUUCCUUUUGCUCAGAUUCCAACUGCCUAGCCACCUUCAGAUGAUAAUUUGGCUUUUCAUGGAGGCUGUUUUAGAAAGAGGUCCUUCUCUCAUCAGUGGUGGAGUGGAGUUUCUGCUUUGGAGCCAUUCCUGUCUGGUUUUGAAUCCUUACUCAACACAUUACUGAUGUUGGCCAGCAUAUCUCUUAAGCCUCAGCAUCCUCAUCUGUCAAAGAGGGGCCUAGUGCCUACUUCAUGAGGUUGUGGUGAGUUACCUGGGAUAACAGGUGUAUCCUGGACUUUUGUUGGAGCUUGGUAAAAAGCAGUAUCUGUGCCCCUUCCCAGCUUUCCUUCCAAGGAGAUUGGGUCACAAAAUUUCAUCCAAUUGAGAAUAUCAUUAUCUCUUGCUUUUCACAAAUUCACUAAUGAAGUGAGGCCUUAGGAAUGACUUAGUUGCUUCCUUGAAGACUCUAAAGGGUCAUUUCACAGAGGAGAGCAACUCAUAUUCAUUCAUUCGAAAGUAUUUCCUGAGGACUCACUACAUAUUAGUGGGGGAGAGAGAAACUGUAAGGCACAUUUCCUGCCCUAAAGAGGCUCUCACACAGUCUGGUGCAGUCAAAAGAAGACACUGUAUGACUUUGACAUGAAAUUUUAUUUUCCUGAGCUCAAAUUUCCUCAUUUUGCAAAAGUGGUCAGUAACCUAUUCCAUUGUUAGUUGGAGAGAAGGAGUAAGACAUGCAGACGUGAUAACAAGGCUGCAUCAAAUCUGAAGACCAGAGGUACACAAAGGUAACAACAAUGUGUUGAGGUAUUGAAGACUGGAAGAGAUGCCUUCACUCUGGUCACAAUUUACCAAUAAAGUUAAUGAAUGGUGGGUUGGAUUUCAGCGGGCAGAGAUUUGCAGAGCGAAAGGCUUGAAGACCAAACAAGGAUCGUGGAGGUGGCAGGAAUAAGGCUGGAAAUGUAAACUGAGGCGGAUCUUGGCAGAUACUGAAUGUCAACCAAGGGGUUUAACCUUUAUCUGUAGCUGAUGAAAUGCCAGUAAAGCUGAUGUAAACAUUGAUAUUACAAAGGAUAUUUUUAAAAAUAAAAGCUGAAUCUGACAUAAUUAGAGAAGGUGAUUUAGAGGGGAUUCAAUUCAAAGGAAGAUUUAGUUUUAACAAGGGCAUGUUAUUGGCAGGACAUUGUGCUCACUGGCAUAGGGCAGAAGACAAAGAUGUCAAGGUGUGGACCUUGCCCUCAAGGAGCUUAUAAUCAAAAGGGUCAGAUAAGACUUGCACAUAGAAAAAUACAAUCCAAGGUAGACUUGUGAUAAGUGUUGUAAUAGAACCCCAGCCCAAGUGUCAGUAGAGAGUGAGAUUAAUUUACCUAACCCGGGAGGCUGGAGGCAGGAGACCAAGUCAGAGGGUCAUCUUUGGAACCCUAAACCUAGACUGGGAAAACCCCAGGGGGGACAUAGGAGGUCGUCCAUUCCACCUUCACUCGGGAUAGGUAUUCUCUAUCCUGAGUAAAAAAUGACUUUAAUAUUGAAACAAAAAGUGGAGCUCUGAGGAAAAAUUGUGAAGGAAAAGGUGGUGGGAAGGGGACAAGAGAAGAUGAAUUAAUUAAUUUUUGCUUUUUAGGGCCGUACCUGUGACAUAUGGAGGUUCCCAGGCUAGAGGUUGAAUCUGAGCUGCAGCUGUGGGUCUACACCACAGCCACAGCAAUGCGGGAUCUGAGCUGCGUCUGCAACCUACACCACAGCUCACGGCAACAUGGAUCCUUAACCCCCAGUGAGUGGGGCAGGAUCCAACCCUGUCGAUCAUUAGUCCUCAGAGAUUCAUUACUAAUCAGGUUCAUUACUGCUGAGCCACAACAGGAACUCCUGAAGGCAAAUUUAGCUUUGAGGUGCUGAGGUACUGGUAGAAGAGACUCCCAAAUGGAGAGUUGAAGGCCAGGAAAUGGAUGAGAUCAGAGAGGGAGAGUGUGUCUGGAGAGAGAAGGGAUGAAAACAGAAACUGGGGGAACACCCAUGUUCCAGGAGGUAGGAAGAGAAAGAGGAGUCAGAGAAGGAGUGGCCAGAGAGAGGUGAGAAAAAAACCCAGCAGAAUACCUUGUCACGAAGUUUUUAGAAGAGGGGUGGCAAGAAUGGAAGACCGGGUGGGAAGGCCCCAAGGGAACAGAAGACGGAAACUGCCAUAGGGAUUGAGGUUCCCAAGGGCAUUUCAGUGAAUGAAGGCCUUUCCAAAGAGUCCACAAAUAAGCUGGAUUCCCUGUGUCUGGGACAUUUUAAGGCGGAGCGCUCCCGGAGGCCAGAGGAACAGGACUGAGUGCUGUGAUCUCCAAAGAUCUGGCGUUCAGCUCUGUAAUUAGCACUACCUCUCCUAACCCGAACCAGUCCCUCCAGGAACUGAAAAGCUGAAGAACGUAGUUGGGAGGGAUUUCACACCCGGCUCUUCGGCCCAGCCCGGUGAUGUCCCGUUUCAUCACGCAGCUCUAAUGACUCUCCGGGCUGUCACUCUCAUCUGGUAUUGCCAGCAAUCUGACUAAUCCCUCUUGCAAAAGUUUGCAGCAUUCGUCCAGACUGACUACAGCUCCCAGAGUUCCCGGGCGCUUCCCGGUGCCGAUUGGAUGAGCCGUCAGCUCCCGAGGGAGGUGUCGCCCCCGCCUCCCCGGGAAACAGGCAUCUGAUUGGCUGCGGCGCGGGGCUUUUGUGUCCCCGCCCUUCCCCGGGGACCGCAGCGGGCAGAGCGGCGCUGCUGGUGUCGGAGCCGGGUGAGCGCUGGCAGUUCCGCGGCGGGGAUGCUGAGGAGCGCUGGGUUUGCGAGCAGCCCUGGCCACUGCGGACUUCCGAGGUGAUCCGCACGGUGAAAACCCCUACGCCGCGGCCCAUCACAGGCUCCAGAGGUCAUUUACCCCUCCAGAAGCCAGACGAGCGGGGAGUCCAGCGCAGAGGCGGCGGUUCCCGGAUCCUGGGCUUUCGGAGCGUUCUGGAACCCCGAGAGACACCCCGGGGGCUCUAGAACCUCCCCAGCGGCCCCCAGUCCCGGCUUCCUGUGCUCGUCCGUCCGAAACCCCCUCGGGUGCACGGGCGGUCGGCGAGCCGCGGCUGGGUCCUGGCGCACACCAUGAUCGUUGCGGACUCCGAGUGCCGCGCGGAGCUUAAGGGCUACCUGCCCGGGGCUGGAGAGGAACAGAGGGAGAGCCGGGCUCGGCGAGGCCCUCGAGGGCCCAGUGCCUUCAUCCCUGUGGAGGAGGUCGUGCGGGAGGGAGCCGAGAGCCUGGAGCAGCACCUGGGGCUGGAGGCGCUGAUGUCCUCAGGGCGGGUGGACAACCUGGCAGUGGUAAUGGGCCUGCACCCUGACUACCUGACCAGCUUCUGGCGCCUGCACUACCUGCUGCUGCACACGGACGGGCCCUUGGCCAAUUCCUGGCGCCACUACAUCGCCAUCAUGGCUGCUGCUCGCCACCAGUGUUCCUACCUGGUUGGCUCCCACAUGGCCGAGUUUCUGCAGACCGGUGGUGACCCUGAGUGGCUGCUUGGCCUCCACCGUGCCCCUGAGAAGCUGCGCAAGCUCAGUGAGAUCAAUAAGCUUCUGGCACAUCGGCCGUGGCUCAUCACCAAGGAGCACAUCCAGGCCUUGCUGAAGACGGGCGAGCACAGCUGGUCCCUGGCCGAGCUCAUCCAGGCCCUGGUCCUGCUCACCCACUGCCACUCACUGGCCUCCUUUGUCUUUGGCUGUGGCAUCCUCCCUGAGGGAGACCCAGAGGGCAGCCCUGCGCCCCAGGCCCCUUCACCCCCCAGUGAGCAGAGCACACCUCCCAGCAGGGACCCACUGAACCACUCUGGGGGCUUUGAGGCUGCCCGUGACGUGGAAGCGCUGAUGGAGCGCAUGCGGCAGCUGCAGGAGAACCUGCUGCGGGACGAGGGGGCGUCGCAGGAGGAGAUGGAGAGCCGCUUCGAGCUGGAGAAGUCAGAGAGCCUACUGGUGACCCCCUCAGCUGACAUCCUGGAGCCAUCUCCAAACCCAGACAUGCUGUGCUUUGUGGAAGACCCCACUUUCGGAUAUGAGGACUUCACCCGGCGAGGCACGCAGGCACCCCCCACCUUCCGCGCCCAGGAUUAUACCUGGGAAGACCACGGCUAUUCACUGAUCCAGAGGCUCUACCCCGAGGGUGGGCAGCUGCUAGAUGAGAAGUUCCAGGCAGCCUAUAGCCUCACCUACAACACCAUCGCCAUGCACAGCGGAGUAGACACCUCCAUGCUCCGCAGGGCCAUCUGGAAUUACAUCCACUGCGUCUUUGGCAUCAGAUAUGAUGACUAUGACUAUGGGGAGGUGAACCAGCUCCUGGAGCGGAACCUCAAGGUGUACAUCAAGACAGUGGCCUGCUAUCCAGAGAAGACCACCCGAAGAAUGUACAACCACUUCUGGAGGCACUUCCGCCACUCAGAGAAGGUCCACGUGAACUUGCUGCUCCUGGAGGCCCGCAUGCAAGCCGCCCUGCUCUACGCCCUCCGAGCCAUCACCCGCUACAUGACCUGACUCGCCCGCAGGACCUGGGCCCAGCACAGCUGACCCUGGGGCAUCUCUCUCCCUGCAAGGACGUCUCUGUUUGGAGACAGACCCUAAUCCCCUCCUGCCCCACACCCACCCACCCUACUCUGGGGAUGGGCCUGUGUGUGACUGCGCAGCCACCCCCACCCCACCCCCGCCACACCCUCCUUCUUUCUCCCUGGAAUGGACAGAAUCAUUGCACUGACUCUGGGAUCUCAGCUCUGUCCCCUGAGAGCUGGAAGAGGACUAGUAGAUGCCCAGGAGGCUGGCCCUUCUCCCUGCCCCUGCCCCCAGAGGCCAAGGGCACAGGAAGGAAAAUGGGCUGAGCUCGGACUUAUGUGCCAACAGGCCAGGCCCCAGGCAGCACAAGUACCAUGGCCUUUCCUGGCCUGGGAAGUCCCUGGCUGGCCCCCGGGAGAGGGACAGUCACCUUCAGGGACUGACACUCCAGGCGGCUUUGCCUUUCCUCCUGCUUCCUCAUCUUCAGACUUCAUUACCUCCCACCUACCAUUCACCCAUCAAUGUGAAAGUCAAGGUCACAGCUGGUCUGUGCAUCCGGCUCCCCAAAAGUCUGUUCUGUUGGGCAGCCCGCAGGCGCUUGGUUCCCUGGCUGCCCUGAUGCUAGUUCUGUUCCUUUGACCUCUUUCACCCUCUUACCCUUUUCUCCCACGCCUAGUGGUGUAAGGCCCCAGGAAGGGGACCAAGCACAUAAACAAGUCGAUUAUCUCUAGAGCGUUUGGAGCCUCUACUGGUCCCUUUGCCUUCAGAAGAGGAGGGAGUAUUAGAGUAUGAAUUCUCUGUGUCUUGGUUCUUUACAGGUGAGGUUUCUCAGGGCCUCUCCCCUAGAGCCACAGUUAGUGCCCAAGAGGAGGCAGACAGGUGAAUUCUGUUCUGCCCAGGGCCACAUCUGCCCUGCAGAGACUGGCAUCCCACUCUCCCUCCCAUCUCCAUGGCUCUGCCACAGACAUUUGCCAAAAAGGUGAGCCUUUCUAGGUGGUGUAGGUGGCACAUGGCUCAGGGGGGAGCGUCAGGGUUCUGGUGUGGGCCAGGUGACCGUGGCUCCAUGAGCAAACCUCCCUAACCUCCUCCGUUUCCACCCCUGCAGCCUGAGGGGUAAGACUAAGUUUCUGCGAUGACUGAGACUUCACUCUGAUUCUCAGGCCAAUCUGCUGGCAGCACCCUGUAAACCUUGCAGGAUCUUGGGGGCCCCCUGGGGAGCCUCACCACCACCACCAUAACUCCUUGUGGUCUGUUCCUCCAGGCCACCUGCCAAGGACCUCCCCAUCCCCCAUCCCCACUUCUGUCCCUUCUCAAUUUUAGGGAGAUUGCUUGGAGGCAGAAGCAGCCAAGGACUGAUCCCAGGCACUUUCUGUAGCAAACAAGCUGUGAAUUAUGACUUCCCUCGCCCUUCUGGCAGUAUGUGCCUCCUCUCUGACCAGUUGGAAGGUGACUGAAGAAAGGCAAGGGCCACGAUGCUGCUGCUUCUGCCCCUCCUCUCGGGUGGGAUGGGAGAGGAGCCUGGUCAUUGUGCCACAUUUCAUCCCCGUGCGGGCAUGGGCAAGUGACUGGCACCCCCUUCGGGCCUCAGAGCCCUCCGUGCAAUGAAGCUGGGCUGGAGGGAAGAGGUCCCAGCACUGGGGUUUGGAUUCAAGAGGGGACUGACGACUGUGAAAUUCCCCCGGGGGGUGGGGAGGGGUAUCCAGUGUUCAAGUGCAGAAAUCUUCGCCUUUGCUACCAGUUCUGUAUGGUGAGAAAUAAAAGUGCACCAAGGUUUUGUUUUGUA